GGAGGGGGGCGAAACGCCUUUGGGAGGGGCCGGGAGUCGCGCCGGUCCCGCUUUGCACUCAACGGCUCCGAAACCUCCAGGUUUGGCCCCAGUUUCUCCGCGCCGGGCCUUCAAAAAGCGUCGCCAACUUCCCCGCCGGCCGGCGGCGCCGGGGUUAGAAGAGGCGCUAGUGGUGGCUUUGAGGAUCCGCCCCUUGUCUUCAACACCUCGCCUUUCCUUGUUUUGGCAGGAAUUUACUCCGUCGCAGGGAAGAUGACGCCCGUGGGUGACUUCAGGCCCGCAUCCCCGGACAGCUUCGAGGACGAUUACGACGACGUGUCCCUGUCGGAGUCGGAUCGCGGCCACAAGCUGCCGGCGCCCGAUGAAGACCAGCAGAGCCAGAGGAGCAAAGGAGGCACAGGAGUUUACAUCCUGGCGGGGAAACCGGCGUCUUCAAAUCCUUCCCAAAAGGGUGAGACGCUCUCGACCGGCGCCGCCAUCCCGCUCCGGAGGCCUCGGCCGGAUCCAGACCCGGGAAGCCGGGAUUUUUCCCCGAUUUCUCCCGCGCUGCUCUCCGCAGGUGACGUGGCACCCGGAGGUGGCCGGGGACGGAGCCGCAGGGUGAUGUCGGUCGCCGUCCUCUACGUCCUGGUGGCGCUGAGCUUCGUCGCGUGGGUCCUGCUCUUCGCGCUGGCCGUGGUGAAGCAGAUGGAAAUCAUGGCGGAGAUAAAGCUCUUGCGGGCAAACUACUCGGAGAAUCAAGCCAACGUGCUGCAGGAGCUGUUGGAGACGCGACGGGAGCAGACGCGGAUGCGGAGCGGGAUGCACAAGUACUACGAGGAACUGCAGGACAUCACAGCGCUGAUCUGCAGAUCCGUCCUGGACAGCAAGAAGUGCUCGGCCGGGUGGAAGAUCUUUGAGAAGAGCUGCUACUCCUUCUCGACGGAGACCUUGAGCUGGCCGGACGCGAAGGAGAUCUGCGCCGACCAGGGCGCUCACCUCGUCAUCGUCAGCUCGGAGCAGGAGCAGAAGUUCCUGAAGGACAACAUCAGCAGCAACAGGACCUACUGGCUGGGGGUGACGGAUCAGCUGGAGGAAGGCACCUGGGUCUGGACUAACGGCGAACGUGCGAGCAUCAGCUACUGGAACACGUGGAAGGAGAACAAAGACAAGGACCAGAAGGACUGCGGCAGCAUCGGCCCCGGCGGCAUCUGGAACGACGACAG